AUGUCAAUGUCUACACAAAGUCUAACUCAGUCGUUCUCUUGCCUUAGCCAACGUCGGACGUGUCGGUUUAUCUCGAAAGAAUUGGAAGUGCAACCGCAGAUGCCACGUAACUACAAACGAAAAAGCACCCGUGGAAAUUGGACUCCGCAGCAGCUUACCCAGGCCAAGGAUGCAGUGGAUAGUGGAAUUUCCCUUAAAGCUGCUUCCAAAACUUUUGGAAUUCCUAGGAGUACGCUACGGGAUCAUGUUUUGGGCAAGGUGGCAAAAUCCAAAUUGGGAUCUCGAGAAACGGUUUUCACACCGGAACAAGAAGCAGAACUUCUGCUGCACCUGCAUGACCUGGAAGCCCGUUUCUACGGAGUAACAAUGGACGAUGCAAGGGCACUAGCUUUCGAGCUAGCAGAACAGAAUAAAAUAACACAUCCGUUCAACAAAAAGAAGAAGAAGGCAGGGCGUGAAUGGCUGACCGGAUUUUUGAAGCGUAAUCCGACACUUUCGUUCCGAAAACCAGAACCCACAUCGGCCGCAAGAGCCAGAGGGUUCAAUAAAGUAUCUGUUAAUUCUUUCUUCGAUAUGUACGAAGUCGCUAUUGAGCAGAAAAGGUUCCGGCCGGAACGCAUCUAUAAUGUCGAUGAAACAGCAAUUUCUACGGUUCCCCCCAAUAAGAAGAAGAUAGCUGCCCGCAAAGGUAAGAAGCAGGUUGGAAUUAUUUCAUCUGCGGAACGAGGAGAGACAACUACCGUUGUAAUGAGUAUGUCGGCGAGUGGUCGUUACCUUCCGCCAUUCGUCGUCUUCCCCCGAACUCGAAUGAGUGAUGCUCUCAAGCAAGGAGCACCAACAGGAACAAAGUUUGCAUGUAAUCCAUCGGGAUACAUGACCGUUGAGAUGUUUGACACCUUCUUCGAUCACUUCAUUGAGCAUGCUCAUGCUUCAGAAUCGGAUCCUGUACUGCUGUUGGUCGACGGCCAUUCGUCGCAUACCAAAAACCUGGCUGUAACAACGAAAGCGCGGAAGAACAAUGUGACCAUUCUUUCCCUUCCACCGCAUUGCAGUAACAAGCUUCAACCUUUGGAUGUCUCGUUUAUGGCUCCAUUCAAAGCAAAUUACUCCAAUGCCGCCGAUGUUUUCCUACGAUCUAACCCAGGACAAGUAAUCGGCCAAUACAAUACAAUGCAGCUUAUGGGAACCGCUUUUGAAAAGACUGCUACAAUAUCGACAGCCGUGAACGGAUUCAAAAAAUGCGGAUUAUGGCCAUGUGAUCGAACAGUUUUCGAUGAAAACUCAUUCGCACCGUCUUUGGUCACAGACCAAGAGUUGCCGAAUGCAACAACGGAAUCCACUCCAGCGUCGCAGGAAAAUAUUGCGGAUCCAUCGACGGCAUCUGGAGCAAUUAACGGAAGCAUGGAUGAAAGUCAGAAAUCUGCGGAAUCGUCCUUUACGAUUCCACCAAGCAGUAUUCUGCCUCUACCGAAGAUGACGGGUCCACGCGUUACAAAACGAAAACGCCGAGUGGAAAAGGCUGAGGAUAUAACUUCAGAUGAUUAUCGUCAAAGCCUGAUUGAUGCCAAAGCUACGAAAGAUAUUGCGUCCAUCAAGAAAAGCAAGAAGGCGGCUACCAAACGAACCUCAAAACGACAAAAGGUUGAAAGUGCUUUGGAAGAUUCACUGUGUGAUCGUUGCGGUGAUUGCUUCUCAAACUCUUGUAACGGAGACGGAUGGAUAAUUUGUACGACAUGCAAAAAGUGGAUCCAUAAUCAAUGUUAUGAGGGCUCCGAUUUGAUUUGCUUUUUCUGUUCUUAG